AUGGCGUUGACGAUUGCGAGUCUUUUGUGUCUCGCCAUCGUCUUGUCGGGCCAGGCGUACCAGAAGAGUGAUCUGUCCAAGGAAUUGUUUUUCUUCAGGGCGGAUACAACAGGCUUUAAGAAUGAUCCUGAAAACGUUAUCGACAAUCUACCCGAAGGUGUAACACCCGACAACAAUCUCACCGAGGCGCUCCAGGUCGCCGCUUCGGCAGGCAACAUGCGCGACAUCUACCAAGUUGGGCUGUGGAACUACUGCGAGGCAGACCUGAAGGAUGGCAAGGAGGAGAACUGGCACUGCACCGACCGCCAGAACUACUUCUGGUUCAACCCCUUCGAGGUCUGGAAGCUGGAGAACACUAGCAUCCAGGCUGCUUUCCCCGAUGACUUCAAGAACGGAAUUGAGACCUACCACAAGGUGUCGCGGUGGAUGUUCAUCGCCUACAUGAUUGCGCUUGUACUCACGAUCGCUGAGGUGCUUGUUGGCAUUUCGGCCAUCUUCUCGAGGUGGGGAAGUUUGAUCACCACCAUCGUUUCCACCGCACAAACUGUCUUCAUGAUCGCCGCAGCCGCGACCUCGACCGCCCUCUACGGCACCCUCAUCUCCGUCUUCCGCACCGUCCUCGAACCCUACAACAUCAAGGCCUCCUGGUCUUCCAAGAUGCUCUCCGUCCUCUGGAUCGGCGUCGCCUUCUCCAUCGCCAGCGGCUUCUUCUGGCUCAUCAGCGUCUGCUGCUGCUCUGGCAAGAGCCCCCACAAGAAGGUCGUCGUCGAAAAGACCCCGUACACCUACGAGAGGGUUGCAUCGCCUUACAUGGGUGCCAGCGCAAACUCGCACCAGAUGCACGACAUGGGCGGUCACCACGGACAGUCGGGACACACGUACGAGCCAUUCAGGCAGCAACAUGUCUAA